AUGUUUGUCUUAAAAACUGGAUUCCCGAAACUCGAAAAGGGAAGAAGUAGAAGGAAAGGAAUUUUUUUCUUCAACACCGCAAGUCAGUCAAAUGUGAAACUUCCACAUAAGUCUAUGGACACAAAUGAGAAAUGCGGAAAUGAGUUCCAUUUUGAGGGGAAAUUUUCCCCCAAUUUUGAAAAUAUAAAAUUGCAAAAUUUAAAUAACCGGGAAGUGUUAUACUAUCUAGGAUACGGCAGUAAAAAUAAGUUACUAAAAUUGGACCUCUUAAAUUCGACCAUGAAAGAAUUGCGCAGCUUAGUGUUAAAUAGUGUAAAUUGCAUUUCUACUGAUUUUCAACAAAAUAAAAAAAAUAUAUUAAAUCCAAAGUGUUACGAGGAGGGGUUGAAAAACAUCCCAAAGAAACCCUUUUUCGACAUUCACGAUUUGGUAAAGGUUUAUUUAAACAUUUGUUACAUUAAUUCAUAUUUUUUUUUAAAGACAAAACGGGAAAAGUAUGGUGACAGCGUUGGCUCCUUGUUUCCCCAAAGCUGUGCCCACAAGGAUGGUGAUACAAAUGGACACAUGUCAAUUAAACAGGACGCAUCGUUACAUGAGAAAAAAAAUGUGAAGAAAUACCAAGGAAGCCAAAUGAAUGGAAACAACGAUGUAGAGAAUUUACUCAAAAAAGACAACCUAUUUAUAUACACCAAUAUCGAGAAUAGGAACAUGGAAACGUCUAAUGAGUUUGUGUGCAAUGAACAUGUAAAAAAUAUAUUUCACUUGUUAUCCAUUUUUUUUCUUCAAAAUGUGAACAUGCUGAACGACCAUUAUUUGUGCCGAAUUUUUUACGGAUACAAUAAAAGCAAAUUUGUGAAUGAGCGAUAUUUGAACAAUUUAAGUUUUGAGAUUAUCAAAAGGAUAAAAAAAAUCAGGACAUACCAUUUAUACUUAAUAUUGAUGAAUUCGUACUAUCUCAGUUAUGUAGACAAAACUUUUGUAAAAAUUUUACUUAUUCAUAUUGUUAAUAAACUUUCCCAGUUGCCCUGUGAAGCCAUAUGCCAAGUUUUACCCGUCGUCCCCUUAUUCAUUAACUCGGAAAAACUUACGUACAAAAUUAAUGUCAUAUAUGGGAAGAAAAUGGCAAGCUUUAAUCAAGUCAGUCAUGCAGUUAGCCUGUUUAAAAAAAUGACACAGUGGAAAAUGAUAUCCCAAAGAAAUAUAUUCCUCAGCUUUAGUCAUUUGAACAAAUUUAUGAAAGUCAAAAAGGGGCCCGUCAAGGGGGAUGCCCAAAGGAGAACUUCCCUUAAUCUGGGAAAAGCAAAAGAAGGAGAAGUCACCCCCGAGUCUCCUUCCCAGAUGCCGCACGACGAACAAAUGGUAAACAACGUAGUGGCAAACUUUGACUCAUUUGAUGGGAGUGUCGCACAAAGCGAUGAUAUAAAAUUUCCAGUACGAAACAUCUCAACGGGGGGAAGCAACGUUUCAGAUGAUUACACUAAUGGUAGACGGCCCCCUCAUCAGAGGAGGAGUGGUAGUGCAGCGUCGGCGGGGGAAUUUUCUCCCACGGCGGAGGAAAUGUUUUCAUUUGAACAUGAGCUGAUGAGAUGUAGCACAGCUUCCCCCAGAGAAAAGAACCUCAGCGUAAAAUGUGCAAAUGCAAAUUUUGCAAGUGAAGAAUUUGUAAGUGAAAAAUUUGGACAUGAAAUGUCUGGACUUGAAAACUGCGGCAGAGAGAACACCCAAGAGGACGCGGCGCGAACGCACAAGGGCGACAACCUCCUCUUUAACCUAAAACUGAUCGAAAUGCACCUGAUACACGACUUCAAAAAUAUAUACUGCCUUCUCCCGAGUGAUUAUAAAAAUUUCCUUCAAAAAAUUCGGAGCCUUCCAUGUAACGUGAACAAACAUAUGCAAGGAGAAAAGGAAAUUUACAUUUUAAAGAAAUAUAUGAAAAUGCUAAAUUAUGAAUUUAUUACAUUUUUCCAUGGUCCCUACGUGCUGCACAUUUGUGAUCCCUUUUACAAAAUUUAUAUAGAGUGGGAAAAUGGAUGGAAAUUAUAUCCACUGUAUCAGCAAAAUGAGGAAAGACAUUUCCGAGAAAAUAAAAUCAGUCAUUUGAGAAAAGAAGGGUUUAGUGAAAUUCUCAUUUGCCAUGAUGCCUUUGCGAAUUGUCCAAGUGAGGAAGAAAAAAUGAACUAUCUCGGUUCCCUUUUGCAGCACACAAAAUUUUCCAAAUGUAGCCCCAUCAUUUGUAGGGCGGCCACGGUUGCACACCCUCCUGUGGUGUCUCCGGACAUUUACCUCUGA